UAAUAAAGAAUCCUUCUUUAGAUUUUAAAAGCUAUCUUUAUUUCUUUUAUCAAAUUUCCAACUAAUAAUAGGGAUACUUUUUUUUUUUUCAAGAUUCUGAUUCUUCACUGACUUAUUCUAUCUUCUCCCUUCCCCUUUUUGUACUUUCUCCUUUAAGUUAAAAAAAAAUGCCAAAAUAUAAACCAUAUCCAAUACCUCUCGCAAUUAUUUCUCAAAUCAAGUCCGUUUACAAUAUUGACUCUGAUGAAGAAGCAUGCCAACCUGCCAUUAUUCGAGAAUUUUAUGAUACAUUAUAUGCUAAUCAAUUAGAAGGAAUAAAAGAGGUUAAAAAAGAGGAUCGUGAAAUCACUUUUAAUGGUAUCAAAGUUAAUAUUUCCAUACUUCGUCCAUCAAAUACACCAUUAAAUGAAGUUUUACCUGUCAUGUUGUUUCUACAUGGUGGUGGCUGGAUUGUGGGAAGCUAUGAUACUCACAGGAUAUUAACGAAUGAGUUGGUCAAUUUGAUUCCCGCCUGUAUCAUUUUCGUUCAUUUCUCUUAUAGUCCAGAAGUAAAACAUCCAGUGGCACUUGAAGAAUGUUAUGCAGCUCUUUGUUGGGUGCAUCAACAUGCUCAAUCAAUUUAUGUGAAUCCUACUCGUUUAGUUAUUGCUGGUGAUUCUGCAGGUGGUAAUCUAUGUGCUGGCUUAGCAAUUUUGGCUAAAGAGCGUCAAAAGAUCCAUUUGAUAUCAUAUCAACUCCUUUUUUAUCCUGUUUUGGAUGUUGAUUUUGAUACUAAAUCCUAUAUAGAAAACAAGGAUAACUCAGUUUUAUCAAGGGACUCCAUGAAGUAUGUUUGGGAUGCCUAUUUAACAAGUCAUCAGGGUUGCUAUCAGAAAGAAGUAACUGCAGUUCCCAUGUCGGCCUCUCUAGAUGUCUUGAAAGGUUUACCCCCAGUUCUAAUGAUCAUUGCAGAAAAAGAUGUCUUAAGAACAGAGGGUGAACUUUAUUCAAAGAAAUUAAUGAAAGCGGGUGUAAAUGUAGUUUGUACAAUCUAUUUAGGGACCCAUCAUGGAUUCUUAACCUUACCUCAAAUGUCAAAACCUCAAUCAGAGGCAGCACUUGAACAGAUUAUAGGUAUUCUUAGAAAACAUUGGAAUAGUCAGAGUAAUAAGCUUUAA